AUGAAUUUAAAAAGACUUGGGUUCUUCGGCCAAAGAGCAAUAGGUGAUCCAUCCGUCCUGACAACGGCCAAAAGAACCUCACAAACCUCACGCAAUCCCAUGAUGCUCCCAACUCAGAUUUUCCAGGUCCGCCCUACAGGGUGGGCAACCGACCCAGAAGACGAAUACUUCCCCCUCUCAACCCUAGACUACAGCGUCGCGCAAGUGUGGUGCAACUACGCCCUCUUCUUCAAGCUGCCCUCCGCCGACCUCGAGUCCCAGUUCCGAAUCACAAACAUCCUCCGGUCCGGCCUGGAGCGAACAAUCUCCCAAGUCCGCCAGCUCUCGGGGACCCUCACGACGCACCCUUCCGGCUCGGGACUCUGCUGGCACAAGAAACGCAGCGGCACAGUCGCCUUCCACGCACAAUGGCUCGAUCCCGUAAAUGCAAACCACAAACUGCUGACCUUUGACGACCUCGAAAGCCGGCACUUCCUCGGCAGCGCCAUGGGCGACCCCGAAAUGUGGUGCGUGCCAGGCUUCCUGGGCGGCGAACGACCGGAAGCGACGCCCGCCCACCGGCCCCGAGCCGCCGCGUACAAGGCCACCUUCAUCCCCGGCGGCAUGGUCUUCAUGAUGCACCAUCACCACUUCUCAGGCGACAUCAUGGCGUGGUCGGGACAACUGCGUCAGCUCGCGUCGAACUGCGCCGCAAUCUACUCGUCCUCCUCUAGAACCCCCGGCACGCCAUCGCCGGCUUUUAUUCCCUGGGACCCGGCGAGUCUCGACCUCUCACGGGUGACGAAGCCUGACGUCCCCGAGCCCCAGCGCGUCACGGGCCCGACGCCGCCGCAGCGACACCCCGCGCACCGCCCUUCCCAACGGCUGCUGUUCCACUUGCCCAAGAGCAAGAUCGCGGACCUGAAGAAGCUGGCGACCCCGCCGGCAGACGACGGCACGGGGCGCUGGGCAUCUAGUUACGAUGCUUACAUGGCGUACAUCUGGCGCGUGUUAUCCAAGCACAAGACGCAGCUGUACAAUUGGGACCUGACGGAGCCGUUGCUCUGGGGCGAGGCCAUCGACAUGCGCCGCCGGUUCCGCGAUCCCCCCGUGCCGAGAGAUAUGCAGGGUAACGUUGUAUUCGUCGCGAUCAGCAACAGAAGCGAGGUGCCGCAGUUUACGGCGGAAGAGGUAGUUUCUUCUGCGCAGUUUUGGAAGCUGGCUUGGUACAUCCGCCAACUCACAAACUCCGCCACUCAGGAAUCUCUCGAUGCGACACUCACCGCGCUGGCCCCCGUCCGCGACAAGACGACUCUCUUCUUCCGUGCCGACGCGUUCCAUCCGACGGGCAGCUUGUCGACGGACUGGCGCGACGCGCGGCCCUGCGAGGUUGACUUCGGGUUCGCGCGCCCGUACGCCUUUCGCUGGCCGUUCGAGACGGUGCAGUCUAAUAUGUGGGUUACGUAUCCCACCCGCGUCAACGGGGCGCCGGCGGGCGAGGACGAGGGCACGGAGCUCAGUCUGCCUGUUGAAAAGGAGAUUGUAGCGGCGCUGUUGGAGGAUCCGGAGUGGAAUAGGUAUUUUGAGUUUAGGGGGGUUGAAGUUGAUGAUGGUGAGGUGGUGAUAGAAUCAGGAGAAGUUGUUGAUGGGAAGAUCAAGAUUGAUGUCGAGACGAAGAUUGUGGAAACUGUUGCUUUGUAG